AUGAGAGGCUCCGCGAAUAUAUACGUUCUCUGCUGCUUGCUGGCCGUUGCGAGCGUUGCAACGGUGUCCGGCAGCAGUCCCGUUGCUCGUCGCCCGACUAAGGACAUGCCGCCGUGCGCGACGUGCGACAACGGCACACUCUGCGUGCCGCUCUUCUCCUUCUGCUUCUCAUCCGCGGGCCCCUCCUGCAAAGACGGCUCCGACUUCGGCGCGCCGUGCGCCGACUACCAGUGCCCCGCGGGGUCGUCCAAGUGCGCGGACGAGCAGCAGUGCGUGCUGGACUCGGCGCGCUGCGACGGCACCAAGGACUGCCGCGACGGCUCGGACGAGGACCCCAAGGCCUGCGCUGCCUUCGACUGCUCCUCUAUAGGCAUGGAGCGGUGUCCGCUGGGGGCGGCGCAGUGCGUGGCGGGGUACCUGCUGUGCGACGGCAAGCCGUCGUGCCCCAACGCCACGGACGAGCACCCCGCCUUCUGCUCCGAGUACCAGUGCAGCACGGACGGCCGGCAACAGUGCCCAUCCGGCACGGGAUGCAUGUUCCUUGGACAGGCGUGCGACGGAGUGAGCGACUGCAGCGACGGCAGCGACGAGGAUGAAGCUUUCUGCAAAUCCUUCAACUGCAGCGACGCUGGCAAGAGCACGUGUCCGAGCGGGGCGGGGUGCAUCUUCCCCGACGCCAUGUGCAACGGCCGCGCCGACUGCACUGACGGCAGCGACGAGGCGGCUGCCUCCUGCAACGACUCCUUCGACUGCUCCGCCACCGGCCGGGUGGCGUGCCCGCUGAAGGGCGGGUGCGUGUGGGAGUACCAGCUGUGCGACGGCAUGCCCGACUGCCGCGACGGCAGCGACGAGCUCCCGCAGUUCUGCUCCAAGCUCAACUGCUCCAACUCCUUCCGGACGCAGUGCCCAGGAGGGCAGCAGUGCACGUACGAGGGGCUGCUGUGCGACGGGAGGAAGGACUGCAGUGACGGCAGCGAUGAGGGUGUGCUCUUCUGUAGCAGCUACAACUGCACGGACACUGACAGGGUGGUGUGUCCAACAGUGGACGGCUCAGCGCCCGCGUGUGUUUCAGCAUCACUGCUGUGUGACGGCACGCCGCACUGCCCGGGCGGCAGCGACGAGGACCGGGCCUUCUGUGCGGACCACGAGUGCGCGCCCGGCCUCAUCAAGUGCCCUGGAUCGCUGCUCUGCGUGCCCGGCACGCUCUGCAACGGCUUCCCCGACUGCCGCAUUCCCUCCGCCCUUGACACCGCUCCUGACCCUGACCCUGUCGCUGCCUCUGAUGCCGUCCCUCCGUUGAAACCGGCUGUUAUGCCUCGCACCACCUCUCCCACGGCUACUCUUGGUAUCGAUGGUACCACGGCUGGUGUGGGCGGAGUGAUGCAAGGCGGAGCUGCUGGUAACGUGGUCAUGAUGCUGGAGGGCGUGGCUGCUGACGAGGAUCCAGUCGUGUGUGCGGCAUACAAGUGCCCGGAGGGGUGGAGGAAGUGUGCGGACGGGCUGCAGUGCGUGUCAGAGGACGCGUGGUGCAGCGGUGUGAAGGAGUGUCACGAUGGCAGCGAUGAGGACGAGGAGGAGUGCACGGGGUACGACUGCGCUGCCACAGGGCGCGUGCCGUGCCCGGGAGGCAAGUACUGCCUGUGGAACUACUGUGAUGUGUGCAACGACGAGCGCCAGCCGCUGUGCCCUGAUGCAUCGGACCAGGCGGAGUCGGCGUGCCAUCUGAAGCAGAAGUGCCCCGUCCGCUACUACAAGGACGCCCCCCUGCCCCGCCCCCUGCCGCUGCCCCUGCAGGACGGCGCCGUGCACGUGGAGCCGGACAGCGAUGGGGCAGAUGGUGGGGGAGACGGAUCAGUGGAGAGUGGGGGGGAGGAGGGCGGGAGCCAUCCGAAGAAGUAUGCCAAGGUGAAGACCGGGACAGGGAAGAGCGCUGCUGAUGGCACUGCUGCUGCUAGUGAGAGUGCCAAGGGGGUUGAGGGUGGGAGAAGGCCGGGGCACCAUGCGGCUGGAGUGGGGCACCAUAAGAGCAAGGGGCAGCACAACAAGACGAAGUCCAGUGCCGAGGCUGGCAGCAGCAGUGAGGAGGCGAAGGCUGGCAGUGGCAAGAAGGGUGCGAUUGGUAAGGAAGAGGCGACGGGAAAAGAUACGGGCAGGAGUAGCAGCAGUGGCAAGGCAGGGAAAGAGAGUGGUGGGAGCAGCAGUCCAAAGAAGCCUGGGAAGGGCGCGGCUUCCACAUCGGGAGCUUCAGGGGGGAGUAAGGGGAAUGACACCAAGACGGGCAAGGGGGGAGUAGAGAGCAAUGGCACGACGGGAGGGAAGGGAGGUAAGGGAGGUAAAAACGCGGGAGGCAGUAGCAGCAACGGCACCACAAGCAGUGGCAAGAGCAGCAGCAAAGGCAUCAAGAGCAAUGGCGAUGGCAGCAAGAGCAGCAGUGGCGAGAGCAAGAAGGGUAAGUCAAGCAAAGGGGAUCAAUUGAAGACCGACAGCAGCAAGGCAAAGGGAAGCAGUGGUACUGCCACUGUUGGCACGAGUGUGGCAAAGGCGAAAGGGAAGGCGGAGGGAGGCAAGGGGUAUUCAGCUGAGAAGGUGGCUUCGAGUGGAAGCAUGCAGGCAGAGGGCAAGGGGAGCAAUGGUAGCAAGGGAAGCCAGAAGAGCAAGGGGAGCAAGGAGAACAAGGGGAGCACAGGCAGUGCGGCCAUAGGCAAGGAGGGUGACGGCACUGGUGUGACCAAGGGAAAGGGCUGA